UCAUCCUAAUUUAACCCAAACGUUUUGUCAAUUGCACCAUUAGCCCAAACGACAAAGCUUUGUCGUUUUGGCUUUUAAACCCUAGAUUCGUCUUAUCAGCGAAUCUCCUCUGCACAUUCCUCAGUGAUCUAUCAAAGUUCGAAGAGACCGACGCAAAAGGGACAGAAACGGAGAAGGAGAAAGAGGCAGAGAUGGGAGUAGAGAUCCAAUCGCCGCAGGAACAGAGCUCUUACACCGUUGAGCAGCUCGUCGCCCUUAAUCCUUUCAACCCUGAAAUCCUGCCUGAUCUCGAAAACUACGUUAACGUUACAUCGCAAACGUAUAGUCUGGAAGUAAACCUAUGCUUGCUUCGGCUCUAUCAGUUUGAGCCUGAGCGCAUGAACACUCAUAUCGUGGCUCGAAUCUUGGUCAAGGCUCUUAUGGCUAUGCCAACUCCAGACUUCAGCCUUUGCCUCUUCUUGAUUCCCGAAAGAGUGCAAAUGGAGGAGCAGUUCAAGUCACUAAUUGUUCUAUCACACUACCUUGAGACUGGGAGGUUCCAACAGUUCUGGGAUGAAGCUGCCAAGAACCGUCACAUUCUCGAGGCUGUUCCAGGUUUUGAGCAAGCUAUUCAAGCAUAUGCAAGUCACCUUCUUAGCUUAAGCUACCAAAAGGUUCCAAGAUCAGUGCUGGCUGAGGCUGUUAACAUGGAUGGUGCAUCUCUAGACAAAUUCAUCGAGCAGCAAGUGACUAACAGUGGAUGGAUUGUUGAGAAAGAGGGUGGAAGUAUUGUCUUACCACAAAAUGAAUUUAACCAUCCGGAGCUCAAGAAAAAUACAGGUGAGAAUGUUCCCUUGGAACACAUUGCCCGCAUCUUCCCCAUCCUUGGUUGAACCAAUUCAUGAGAACACUGCAAAUUUUCCUUUUGUCUCUUGUUAUCUUGUGAUGUACACUUUUAAGACACCGUAAUGUGAAUUUUGGCAAUGGCCUUCCUCUUUGCAAUUUGACAGAUUUUCUUAAAAAUCUAGUAGACCGAGACUUUGCCAUAAUUAGUAGAUCUUCAUAGUCUGAGCUCUGCUUCUUACCUUUUUUUUUACCUUCCAUGGAUUCCAAUACUGGUUUCUCAACAAGUGUUGGAAUUGGCUCGUUUCUGAUUGAUUAUCUUCUGUUUACUUCAUUACAUCUAAAUAAACUAAACGAAUCUUCAGACAACCCAAACAAUUGUCUUCUUUAAAAAGCAAAGGAAAAAAAAAACUUUUGUUUAGGUUUCUUGGAAUAUAGAAACUGACACGGCAAAUUUGUAUUGAG